UCGUGUCGGGAUUGGAAUGUUACCGACUAACAAUCGGAACAACGGAGCACUCGGUAAUUGGACGCUAGAAUCAAGGAAUCCGGUCUUUUUGAACAUUUUUCUCAGCCGUGAACCCACUUUGAGGUUACUCGCGCUGACCGGAAAACUUCACCUGCUUCGCGGCUCUCCGCCGAUAAGGUUUUAUGUUUUAUAUCGGCGCGUUUGAGGGUUUGUGGGGAGGUGAUAAAUGAGUGGAGAGAAUGCAGGGAUUUGUCAGGUUACAGUUGGACCGCUGAGCUGCCCUGCUUCACAGAAGCGUCUCCCGGUGUUUCGUUUCUCCUCACAAGGCACCAUGGAAAGGUAAAGAAGCGGACCGGGACCAAAAUUCAACCGGAGGCUUGAGGGUAGGAGCGCGGUGGUCACACCGCCGGGCUCGCGCUGCCCGAGGUUAGCGAGUUAAAGCUCCAAACCGGGCUGUACCUUUACGUCUGGGAGAGCCUCGGGGACCCCCAGCCGCUGGUCGCCUUCAGAAGGAGAGUUCUCUGUCCGCUGUCGGGCAGUUUUCGUUUGAAAAGCCUCGUUGGAGCUGACUGAAUGAGCAGGAAGGGGACCGGUGGCUGUGUAUAUCGAGUCCGCGGAGUCCGGGCAGCGCCAGUCCGUGUCGGUGCUCCAGAGCCCCGCCGUAGGCGUCUUUAGAUAUGGUGAAACUCUACAGAAGAGGGAGAAUGGGAAAACUCGUCUAAAAUCGCCCACAUGCACUGGAUCAAUUGUUGGAUAUCGGAUCAGAAUACGCAGAAGGGGAGUUGGAGAUCCUUGGAAGCAGCCGGAGGAUGGAGCGGUGUAGCCGGGGUUAGUGAGAGCCGAACUUCGGACCUCUUCACCUUUCUUAUUCCUGAUCAACUCGCCUCUGCUCCCAGGACACAUGCAGGCCAAAAAACGCUACCUGAUCCUGGUCUCCGCCGGUGCCUGUCUAGUGCUUCUGUUUUACCUCGGAGGGUUGCAGCUUCCAGCGGCCAUGAGCCGGCAUGGGCGCAGCAGAAUCGAGCAGCCGUGGCCUCACUACUCCGACCCGUUACAGGCUUUCCUGCCCUGGGAUCAGACGGACACUGAGGAGUACAACCUGCACAUAUCUCCCCGUCAGAAACGGGACGUCAACAGGAGUGUUUACAAAAGCAAACGGUGCCGCAUGGACUCCUGUUUUGACUUCUCUCCGUGUCAGAAGAACGGAUUCAAAGUUUAUGUUUACCCCCAGCAGAAGGGAGAGAAGAUCUCAGAGAGUUACCAGAACAUUUUAUCCAUCAUUGAGGGAUCCAGGUUCUACACCUCAGAUCCUGGACAGGCGUGUCUGUUUGUCCUAAGUGUGGACACUCUGGAUAGGGACCAGCUGUCCCCUCAGUAUGUCCACAACCUGAAGACUAAAGUGCAGAGCCUUCCUCUGUGGAACGAUGGUAGGAACCACCUCAUAUUUAACUUGUAUUCGGGGACAUGGCCUGACUACACGGAAGAUCUCGGCUUUGACAUCGGCCAGGCCAUGCUGGCCAAGGCCAGCAUCAGCACCGAGAACUUCAGGCCCAGCUUUGAUGUGUCGAUCCCCCUCUUCUCCAAGGAGCACCCGAGGACUGGCGGGGAGAGGGGGUACCUCAAGUACAACACCAUCCCGCCUUUUAGAAAGUACAUGCUGGUGUUCAAGGGGAAACGCUACCUGACUGGCAUCGGCUCGGAUGCACGGAAUGCCUUAUACCACGUCCACAAUGGGGAGGAUGUGGUGCUGCUCACCACCUGCAAGCAUGGCAAAGACUGGCAGAAGCACAAGGACGCACGCUGUGACAAGGACAACGCGGAGUAUGACAAAUUCGACUACAAGGAAAUGCUUCACAACUCCACCUUCUGUUUGGUGCCUCGGGGCAGACGGCUGGGAUCCUUCCGCUUCCUCGAGGCGCUGCAGGCUGCCUGUGUGCCCGUGAUGCUGAGCAACGGCUGGGAGCUGCCUUUUUCCGAGAUCAUCGACUGGAACACAGCGGCGGUCAUCGGCGACGAGAGGCUCCUGCUGCAGAUUCCGACCACGGUCCACUCCAUCCACCAGGAUAAGAUCCUGUCCCUCCGACAGCAGACUCAGUUCCUCUGGGAGGCGUACUUCUCCUCUGUGGAGAAGAUUGUGCUGACCACACUGGAGAUCAUCCAGGACCGAGUGCUGGAGCACGGCUCCAGGAGCAGCCUGAUGUGGAACAGUCACCCUGGGGGUCUGUUUGCUUUGCCGCAGUACUCUGGAUACCUGGGAGACUUCCCCUUCUACUACGCUACGCUGGGUAUUAAACUGCACCCGAAGUUCACUGCCGUCAUCCACGCCGUGUCCCCCCUGGUGUCCCAGUCCCAGCCCAUCCUCAAGCUGCUGGUGGCUGUGGCCAAGUCCCAGUACUGUGCUCAGAUCAUCGUCCUGUGGAACUGUGACAAGCCUCUGCCUGCUAAACACCGCUGGCCCGCCACAUCGGUGCCUGUCAUCGUCAUCGAGGGAGAAAAUAAGGUGAUGAGCAGCCGUUUCCUCCCAUAUGAGAACAUCUUGACGGACGCCGUCCUCAGCCUGGACGAGGACACGGUGUUGUCCACCACAGAGGUGGACUUUGCGUUUACCGUCUGGCAGAGUUUUCCUGAGAGGAUUGUGGGUUAUCCGGCCCGGAGCCACUUCUGGGACAGCAACAAGGAGCGCUGGGGCUACACAUCCAAAUGGACCAAUGAUUACUCCAUGGUUCUGACCGGUGCCGCCAUGUUCCACAGGUAUUACCACUACCUGUACACACACUACUUACCCACCAGCCUGAAGAACAUGGUGGACCAGUUAGCCAACUGUGAGGACAUCCUGAUGAACUUCCUGGUCUCUGCUGUCACCAAGCUCCCACCCAUCAAGGUCACACAGAAGAAACAGUACAAAGAGACCAUGAUGGGACAGUCUUCGAGGGCUUCUCGCUGGGCCGACCCAGACCACUUUGCCCAGCGGCAGACGUGCAUGAAUAAGUUCGCCAGCUGGUUUGGCACCAUGCCACUCAUCCAUUCCCAGAUGAGACUGGACCCUGUCCUCUUCAAGGACCAGGUCUCCAUCCUCCGUAAAAAAUACAGGGACAUCGAGAGGCUCUGACAAGACCGCCGCCCCCUCGGGGGAGACCCCACGCAGGGGGAGAGAGACUCUGUGGAGAGUCGGAGGAGUACAGCGGGAUGGACAGGGAGAGACGCUGCUCUGUCUUCCACUCAGCACAUUGCCAAUGACCACAGCUCCGCUGCAGCCAGGAGCUGAUGCAGGAAGAGAAAACACGUAGAUUUGGAUUUAAGAAUUGCAAACUGACAGAGACGAGUACACAAACAUGCCAAACAGAACGGUUUGCUUCACAAACACACUACUGACUACAGAAACUGUUGGAUAGAAUAUUUUUUGUACAACAUGAACAUCCUGCUCCCUCUGCACACGUGCAGGAUGGAGGAGGAGGGAAGGUGUUUGUGAUGGCUAGCCUGGCAACCCAAACCCACCACAGAUCUUACCAGUCACCCCUAACAACCCUCCCUCGUCUGCAUCAGGACACGCCGAGUUCUGCUUUAUUCUCACUAAAAAGAUCAAAACAGCUGCAUUUGAUCUGUUAACAGGAGAAAAUGUGUGUGUGUGUGUGUGUUUAAUGUACUAUCUGCUCAACCUUUUACCACUGAGAGAAGUUGGAAAAACAGCUAGUUUUCCUCGUCUUAUUUCCCGCUCUAAAUUCACCGUGCCGUCUGAGAGAAUGAGCAACAAGGAGCUGAGCGUUGCGUUCUAACACACACCUCUGCCCUCCUUCCUGCUAGGAGCGGCAUUCUGACAUCGGGGUCUGCCUUUAAAGUUGUUGAUUGCACAUCCCAUCGCCUACAUCGGUUUCAGAUGCCUAAACACUCCCCCGCCCCACAUAUCAAAGGACCUCGGAGCCUUUAAAUUGACAAAAUGCUUUUCUCCUCAAUUUGCAGGCAGAGAUACGUUUAGGCCUCAUUUAGGUGAACCGGUUUCACUCCUGGGGGACGAGCUGCUGAUGAAACAUCUCACAUUAUGGAUUGUUGCGUUUUCAGAACUGUGACCCACAAACACGAUCUGCGCACGCUCAGCCAGCAGCCAUGUUUCUUCCUCUGUUACAUCCACAGAUCUAAACAACUUCUCUCAGCCUUCAGUUGGUAAAAACAAUAGCAGGAAGUGUGAAGUCUGCCAAGUCUCUGAAAUGUUGGUGGUGGCCUUUCUGUCCAUGUUUGUAUCUACUGCUGCGGUUCGUUUGAUGUUGAGACCCGGUCCGUCUGCUUCGUGUCCCUAACACCCAGUUGUUUGAAUUCCGUUAGUCGAUACCGCCCCCUCACAUUCCUGCAGUGAUUAAAACAGCAUUAGGACUAAUUCAUCUAUCAGUAUUUAUUCCGUUUAUAUCAGUUCUCCAUCACUCAUGUUUUAAUACUCGAAUACUUGAUGUAUCCCUGAAAGGACAGCGCCAUCUUGGCUCUCCACGGGAGUUGAGUCGUAAGGACUGCAGCGACUGACGUGGGGGAUAAUGAGCGGCGGCACCAGAUGGAACCGUUUUGUGUUUAAACUGCCCUCUUCACAGCUGAAAGUGUGUUCCGGUUUACUGGAGUCCACAUUUCAGUCAGAGGGUGGAGGAUCUCCCAAAACUCCAUCAGCAGAACUUUAUGCAAGUAAUAAUCUGCAGCUUGGCCUCAGAACCAAGAGUUUAUCUGAAGCGUCGCCGUGGAAACGAGCCUGCUCUUGAUUUGUGCCUUUUUAUCAACUGAUUAUUUAAACGAUGAGUCACAGCUUCCAUUCUCUCAUUUAGGACACCCCCUCCCAUUAUCAUGUUAUGUUUGGACACGUUGCUAUGGUGAUGGCACACGACCACUUCCUGUUUGACUGACUGGUGCUACGUAUCCGGUCGGUGACACAAACACGUGGAGGCCAGCGGUCCUGAUGCCUUUCCUCCCUCCUGACUUCUAAUUAAGAGAAGACUUUUAUAGAGGCCACAAAUGAAAUAGAUAAAUGCCAAUUUUGUAAGAAUGAUUUAUAAAAAAAAUAAAAUAAACUCAUAUUUGAUUAUAGCUGGAUGUCUUAGUGUCUUUUGUUUUCUGGAAGGUGCCAUCAUGUUCCUGUCUGCUCCGACAACAGCAAAACUCUUUAUAGGUUCUCUGCUUCUUCAGAGGUGUUGAACAAAAAAGGACUUUGUUCCCACAAACAAAACACCAACAGUGCAGAGGAAAA